AUGGUAAUGAUUUCUCGACGUUUCUCCAGAGUAGUGAAAUUAUCUUUAUUAUUUUCUGCAAUUGUGUCAAUUUUUUUGAUCUCUCAGAGUUAUAGUAAUAGAAACGUUGCGAAAUCAGUAACUGAGUACAAAGAGUAUUUACAACUUUUCAUUAACCAAGAGCAAGAAGAAGCUCAGCAGACUGGCAUACAUGAUGAAGUAGGUCCGAAUUCAAAUAGCAAUAACAAUGAUAACAGGCAUAUAGAAGGCACCAUCACUAGUACGAAUACUAACACUAAUACUAACACUAAUAAUAAUAAUAAUAAUAAUAAUAAUAAUAAUAAUGAUAAUAAUAACAAUAAUGAUAAUGAUAACGACAAUGAUAAAGAAAAGGAAAAUGGUAAAAAGAAAAAUCCAAUUCAAAUUAAUUCAAUGUUAGAUGAACACUUAUCGACUGAUUCAAUCCAAGAUUUAGAUGAAAAUACAAAAUCAUUAAAACAAUUCUAUGGUAGAGUUUUUGAACUUAUUCAAGCUCAUUCACCACUUGGGAAAUCAAAAAGAAAUUAUAAAGAGGCAUGUCUAUUAAAUGGUGACAUUGGUGACAGACCUGAGUUUUAUGAGGUAUGGUAUAAAUUAUCGAUGAAAGAAUUAGGAAACUGCUUGGAGAUAUCAAAAGCAGAAAUGUCAAAACUAAAGGCAAAGCAUGCAAAAUACAUAGCAGAUAUCAGCUCUUUGUCAUUACCAAGAAAUAGUUUUAGAGGCAAAGGUAUCGUCAUUGUUGGUGGUGGGAAAUUUUCUUUACUGUCAUUCUUAAUCAUCAACGCAAUUAGAAAUCAAGGCACUACAUUACCAGUUGAAGUCUUUAUGCCAAACGAUAAAGGAGAAGAUGCAGAAUUUUGUAAGUUAUUGCCAGAAUUAAAUGCAAAAUGUAUAUAUUUAUCGGAUGUCUUGCCUGAAGAAACUAUAGAUCAAUUCAAGUUUGGGGGUUAUCAAUUUAAAUCAAUUGCGCUUUUGCUUUCAAGCUUCGAUGAUCUAUUGUUAUUAGAUGCUGAUAAUUAUCCAAUUAAGAAUCUUGAUGAGAUUUUUACUAAGGAGCCAUAUAAAAGUACAGGUUUGGUACUAUGGCCAGAUUUUUGGAGAAGAACUACUACUCCAUUUUAUUAUAAAAUUGCUGGCAUUACUGUUAAUUCGAAAAAAAGAGUAAGAAACUCAAUUGAUGAUAUUACUCCACCAGAAGUAUAUACGGAAAAUAUGGGAAAUCUAGUUAACGUUCCAUUGCAUGAUUUAGAGGGUUCGAUACCAGAUGGAUCGACUGAAUCUGGACAAUUGAUGAUCAAUAAAUCUAAACAUUUAGCAACUAUAUUGUUAUCAUUGUAUUACAACGUCAACGGUCCCAAUUGGUAUUAUCCUAUGUUUUCUCAAAAAGCUGCAGGUGAAGGUGAUAAGGAGACAUUUGUUGCAGCUGCAGUUUUCAAUAAAUUGCCUUUUUAUCAAGUUAAAACUAAUACAGGUGUAGAUGGAUAUCAUCAAGCUGAUAAUAAAGGUUUUAGAGGGGUUGCAAUGCUUCAAUUUGAUUUCCAUCAAGAUUAUUUGAGAUAUAAAAGAGCUAAAGAAGCAAUCGAGUACCAAUACCAAGAUAAAAAUUUAAGGACCUAUGAUAAGAGAUACUCAUUAAAUGAUUUCUACAGAAAAUAUAUAAUGAUUAAUGAUGAUAGAAAUGGUGGAACUAGUGAAGCUGACGUUAUGUUUGUACAUUCAAAUUUGCCAAAAUUUGAUCCAGUUGGACUAUGGCGAGGCCAAGAUCUAAUUGAGCAUGGAAAACAUAUUAGAUCUUUCAGGAACUUACAAAGGUUGAAUAAUUAUGAUAUUGAAUUAGAAAAUUUCACCAUUUUUUACAAACACUUAUGUUUGAAGAGAAGAUCAUUCAAAUAUUUAGAGGAUGAAUUAGGUGACAAUGAAGAAGAUUGGAAAGAUAUGUGUAAAUAUAUUAAGGAUAGAGUCACUUUUCUGAAUAUGUCACAUCAAAGAGCCAUUACACCUAACACCGAUUAG